AAUGCACAACUCGUUUGCUCUUGAGUUCUAUGCUAAUGCACGUUGUAUCCAUGUCAGAAUCGAGUGCUUUCUUACUGUGAUUUUCUUGUUUUAGACGGUUCUGCAAACUACUGAUCAGUCUGUUGUGUUCAACACCGUGCGACAGCUGCCGGUUAACAACGUCUUCCCAUUCCUGCGAGAAAUCGCCUCUAGACUUAAGCACGAAAAGGACGUAAGGAACUACCUCCUGUGGUUGAACUGUGCUUUAUCGAUACACAUGGCAUUCCUGUCGUCGCAGCAAGAUGUGGUUGAAGAAUUGGCUGAAAUCUAUAAUUUCUUCGAGGCCAAGCUGACAGUCAUAAACAAACUUUAUCGUCUUCAGGGUCGCAUUAACCUAAUGAUGGAACAAGCAGAAGCGAAGGAGAAAGUGCUGCGCUUUGCUGACCAAGAGCCCUUGUAUGUUUUCCAGGAAGAAUCAUCCGCUUCGGAACAUGGAUCUGACAACUUGGCAGAACAGGAUCAAGAGAUGUGGAAUGAGUUGGAAUGGAGCGAAGAUGAUACUGGCGAGCAGAACAAAGUGCCUAACGAUGGCAUAAUAUCUGAAGGUGAGGAAGAAGACGAAGAAGAUGCCAAAGAAGGC